AUGACCCCAGACAUGACCAAUGUAGUGGAAGCGAGCUCAUUAUCGGCCGUGACGGACAUCGCCACCAAUCCGCCGCCACAUGCCCAUGCUCCAACACAUCUUCCGCCGCUGCCUCUCAUCUUGUACAUUGCACGAGUGCCCGGAAGCCGCGAUGUCUUUCUCACGCCCAUGAAACCGCGGGAGAAAGUGGUCACGGCCGAGGAUGUCCAGAGCUCCCUCUAUUAUGUUCAUGUCAAUGGUGAUGAGACAGGGGACAAGCUAGCGAGUGUUUCCGUGUCCUCGGUCAACACGAAUGCUUCUCAGCUGUUGUCCGGGCAGGAAAAUGGCGUCCGGCGAAAACCACUUCUCCCGCAGCGACACAUGGCUCCUUUGACGCCGCCAUAUCCCAUCGACGACGAGGACAUGUCCACUUGGUCACGGACAUCACCAGUUCCCCAGAAACCGAACCGCAUUGCGCGCAAACCAAUCAGCUCCAACUCAUCAAAUUCCUGCGAUCAGAAUGGACGAGGACUACCCAGCCGACCGCUUCCAAGUCCACCUCACGAUGAAGAGCCAUGCGAACCAUACGACACAUCUCUCCACGCCUCCAAAAUGCAUCUCCUCUACCACUCCGACCAUACACAAAUCCCCAAUCCCUACUCUUCACCGGUGCAACCCAUCGAAGCCCUACCAGAACGACAUCCCUCCGGCUCCCUGACUCUGAUCCGACGAGACCCGUCCUCCAACGAACAAUGGAAUGUAGCAUCCAUCCACGACCCUCCCAUCCCGGAAGUCAGUUCUGCAGCACUUCGUAAUCCGAGUGCAGCGAAACGAACGAAACGAGGUGGUGCUCCCGUCUAUCUAGACAUUUCCAAUCCAGCCUACGCACAAUUCAUCGAUACGAACAACCAAGCCACUUCUCGAGAUAGCUUCACAUCCUCAAAUUCUGCAGAAAGCGAUCCACCACCAGAAGGAAUCUUUCGAAGAAGAUUACACAUGCCUGGAUCACAAUACGGCGAACAUACAUAUACUCGAUCUUCAAGGCCCGUCUCCGCAUUCGCAUCAAGUGAGGAAAUCCUCAAUAUGCGUCGGACAAUAAGAUCUUCCGCCAUGGACUCCAGCACGGACGUUCCCACAUCCACCGCUGCUGCUGUUGAUGAUCGCAAGGGAAAAGGCUACACAUUCACCAGUCCCUGGGAUGGACGGUGUGAGUUCACCACGGGAGCCGCAGGAAAAAGUCUGAAAUGUCGUCACAUCCUCCCACAAGAUCAGCAUCAUCAUCAUCUCAAUCCCCGCUCUCCGAAUGAUGAAAUCGUCAGCGAACUCCGCUUCAACCUCCCAACAAGUAACAAAACUGCCACGCCCGUACAAGAGAAGCGCAAAUCUCACUUGCGGGGUUUACUCGUCCAUCGUCGCCAGAAAUCUUCUUCGGAAGAUCAUCAUGCGGGAGGGGAUGAUGAGGAGGAGGAGAAGAUGGAUCUUACUCUAGGCCAGGAGAGAGCCGGAGGCGGGUUCCGAGGCAAAGAAGCCAAAUUGGGCAAACUCAUCAUUGAACCUUCUGGGUUGGGAAUGUUGGAUUUGUUGGUUGCUGCCAAUGUUGCGCUUUGGUGGAGGGCUUAUGAGAGGUAUUGA